AGAGGCGAGUAACGCUCGGGAGCCGCGGCGGCGGUGGCGAUGGCCCUGGAGCGCGGAGACCGGCCGCUCCCCGCCGGCACCGAGGGUCUUCCCCGGGCGUUCUUGCAGAGCCUGCGCACCCUCUUCGACAUCCUGGAUGACCGGCGGCGCGGCUACGUGCACCUGCGGGAGAUCGAGUCCCGCUGGCGGGGAGCGGAAGCCCGGGAGCUGCCCGCCGGGGUGAUGGAGGGGCUGCGGCGGGCGGCACCGGCCAGCGGGUACCUCACUUUCGAGAGGUUCGUCCUGGGGCUGCGCGCUUCCCUGCCCGGGACUGACCCCCCGGCGGAUGGCGGCGGCCGGCGGAGCGAGGAGAAGCCGCCGAGCCCACGCUGUGCCGAGGAGCGGCGCCGGAAGAGCAACGGGCAGCGGGAGCCCGGCCAGCACCGCGGCCGAGGUGGUGAUGCUAAAGCUGCUGGGCAGUCCCAGGGAGACAGUGGCCAUCCAGGGGCUGGGGAUGCUCGGAGGCAUCAGAGAGGACGUGCAGAACAUCGGAGACACACCAUCACCAACGGUGUGGACUUCAGCAUGCUGAAGCACAUGAAGGAGCUGGAACAGGAGAAGGAUUUCCUGCUGCAGGGUCUGGAGCUGGUCGAGUGUGCCUGGGAGUGGUACCACCAGCACAUCCAGUUCAUGCAGGAACGCCAGAGGCUUCUGGGGAAGAACAAAACCAGUGUGGACUUUCCUCCUGAGGGCAGCCAAAGCCACUUGGGGCGCCUGGUCCCCAAGCUGCAGGAAGUAAACCGCUGCCUGGGUGACCUCCUGUCCACUGCUGGCAAGCCAGCAAACCCCUCCUCAGCUCUGAGCAGGCUGGUCCCUUUGGUGUCCCCAGCCUCAGCAGGCUCCCAGCAAGCCAUCAACAUGCUGAAGGAGCAAAACCGGCUUCUCACCAAGGAGGUGACUGACAAGAGCGAGCGCAUCACCCAGUUGGAGCAGGAGAAAUCUGCCCUGAUCAAGCAGCUCUUUGAGGCUCGGGCCCGCAAUAACCAUGAGACAAGCCAGCUGGACUCCACCUUCAUCUAGCACCCAGCUCCCACCUCCCUGGCCUCAAGCUUUCCUGGGGCUCUCAUGAGACUUCUGCCCAAACUCACCACAUCCGUUGCUCUAGGUGUUUUAUCCUGAGGUCUGGAACUGCUGGUGGCAUCUUUGCAGGAGGAAUCCAGGAACCCUUUGGAACUUCCUUGGCCUCACCUGGGAGCAUCCCUGCACUGCUUUGCCGCGGGGCUUUUCAGCUGUGCUGCUCUCAAGCUGCUCCUUUCCUGUCUCUAUGGGGACUGCAGAGACCGUGCCCCAACCCCAGGUCCCUGAUGUGCUGGAGGAAACAGCCACUGCCCGUGUAGGGGGAGCUGCUGUGCCCUUGGCCUCACUUGGGCUGGAUUUUGGCUGCUGUCCUACAAAGGACAUGUAUCUUCAACACUCCUGCUGGCACCUCCAGGCAAGC